AUGGCCAUAUCACAGGCAAGGGCCCCUAAACCCGGGAUUACGUUGCUGAUGGACUCGCUGCUAAUCUGCCUCUUCUUUGGGCGCAGUUCCGCGCAGUGUCACGGCUGUCGGGAGUACUGCUGUGAAGGAGUGCCCCCUUUCUGCUGCUCUUACUAUGUCUACAUAGGGAGCACUCUCACGGGCACAGCCAUUUCCGGGAUCGUGUUUGGCGUGGCGUUUCUGAUGGCCGUGAUAAUAACGGCUAUCCUGUGUCUGUGCCUGCGUGUGAAGAGCGGGCAGAGGACAGUGGAGGAGAUCAGGCCCUCCUACAUCGCCACUGUGUCCCACAGAUGCCCAGGAUCUACCCCAGUCAAUGUCAUUCAGCCUGAGAGAGACCCUCCCAGUGUCCCCCCACCUCCUUACAGCGCUACCCCGCCCAGGCCUGCAAACGACUCCCCGCCUCCUCCGUAUCCGGGCGACACCGAGAGGUAGCCCCGCC